AUGGCUGAGGGAUUUAUACAAGAAGAUGGAAUUCGAAGCUUGGAGGAAAUUGCAAAGAGUUACAUGCUGGAUCUAGUUGACAGAAAUCUUCUAAUUGUAGAAAAAAGGUAUGUAACGGGUGAUGUCAGUCUUUGUAGGGUCCAUGAUCUUGUGAAGCAACUAUGUGUGGAAAAGGGAAAAGAAGAAAAUUUCUUCCUGAAAAUAGACUCGCAACAAUCUAAUCAUCUUUGUGAUGUAAUUGCCACACGUAAGCAACGGCGUGUGUUCACAAAUCAAGAUAUCGACAUUUUGAGUUUGUCUCAUGCGACCACCCCAAGCAUUCGAUCACUUUUGUGCUAUCAUAGGAAAACAUUCUUAACCGACAAUAUCUCAAAGUUUUUCCGUUCCUUUGCACUUCUCAGGGUGUUAAUUCUAGAAAAAUGUGAAUUGAUUGAUUUAUCCUCCGGUUUAGCAUUACUAGUUCACUUAAGGUACCUUGACAUCUGGCAGUCUUUAUUCCCGUCAUCAAUAUGUAAUUUAUGGAACCUUCAAACCCUCAUUGUUCACACAACUUAUAGUUGUAUGGUUUUACCUAGUAACAUAUCAAAUUUGGUGAAUCUGAGGCAUUUAAUCAGUAACACAGAUAUUUAUCUUCCUUCUAUUGUAAAACCUAUGAAACUGGAAGUUAUUUCGAAUGUGGUGUUAGGAGAUGGGGUAGAUAAUUUUGAAAAAUGUUUUCCCGGGAUCAAGAAUCUUACAUCUACUCUUUACUCUGAUGAGGAAAAUGACUUUCAAGUACUCCGUGGCCUUCAAAUCUUGACAUUAAUUGGGUCAGCCUUCAGCAGACGGGAAUCAACUAAGCCAAGAUUUGUUAGAGGUGAACCAAACUUGGGAAAGAAUCACAUUAGGUUCCCUGCAACACUUAAAGAACUUCAUCUUGUAAGGUGUGGUUUAGCGUGGAGCGACAUGUCUAUCAUUCAAUCGUUACCUAAUCUAGAGGUUUUCAUACUAGAAGACAAUGCCUUCAAGGGAAUGAUUUGGGAAACAGGUGAGGAGGAGUUUCAACAACUAAAAUUCUUGAGACUUGAAGAGUUAAAUAUCAAACAUUGGGAAGCCACAAGUAUCAACUUUCCAUGCCUCAAACGACUAGAGGUGCUGAAUUGCGUUCAUCUAGAAGAGAUACCCCUUGAAUUAGGGGACAUCUCAAUGCUUGAGUAUAUUUACGUUUUGAAUUGUGGUGUUUCUCUUCUCGUAUCCGUUCAAAAUAUACGACAGGAGCAAGAUGAUGUGGGAAACUAUGAACUGAAGAUCUUUGUUGAUGGAAGGAAACUGCCCUCUUGUGAAUCCAAUCAUGAAGAUUAA